UCCUCGUCCCUUCGUCAUGUGAUCAUCAGCUCAAAGGAAGGUUCAAGAUGGCGUCACAUUCACAAGGAAUUCAACAACUUUUAGCCGCCGAAAAGAGGGCUGCAGAAUUAGUAUCAGAUGCUAAAAAACGUAAAACUAAAAGAUUGAAGCAAGCUAAAGAAGAAGCUGUAGAAGAAAUUACUAGCUACAGAGCAGAAAGAGAAAAUCAGUUCCAAGAGUACCAGAAGGAGCACAUGGGUUCCAAAGAUGACUUCCAGGUCAAGAUUGAUGAGAAUACUAAAGUGAAAUUAGACGUAAUGACAAACGAUGUAAACCAGAACAAAGAUAAAGUCAUAAAGAGGAUAUUAAGUCUAGUGUAUGACAUAAGCCCAGAAUUACAUGAGAAUUACAGGAACUGAAAUUUCAAUAUGUAGUUACUAUACUUCUCACUUAAGUUUGGCACAACAAAAGUUUUGUCACAAAGUUUUGCUGGUGAAGUGUGCAUGUUGUCGGGAGCAUCAACACAAUAAUCACUCUACACAUGCUAUAUUGCCUGUGACAUCAGCAGGGACUAUUGACUAAUUUUAAUGGUGCCCCAAAACAAAACUUCUCUUUUGCCAAACUCAAUUGAGAAGCACAGUACAGUUGAUUUAUUCAAUAAUAGGUAGGGUGAUUGUAUUCAAUUUCUGAAACAAAAGUGUAUAACAGUUCCUUUUAGCUUGAGCAUUUGUACUUUUCCAUUCAAGACCAAUGACGUGUAAGAGGCUUGAGAAAACGAUCCCUUUUUUGUUUCACAAACAUUUUCAUCACUUUCAUGAUUACUUAUCACUCCAAAAGGUGCAUAAGGGCAACACAUCAUUUGCCACAGAUAAUUUACAUUAUCUAAAAAGUACUAGAACUGACAGAAUACUCAUAGAAGAAACAUGUGGACUAAAAAAUAGGAAAUAAUUUACACCAAAAUUAAUUUGAUAUAUGAUGUAAAGUGACUGUUUUGUUUUUGGACUGUAUUUUGUUUUAUCGUGACUGUUUAGUAGAAGAACAGACUAACAUACAAAAGAAAGCAUUUCUUGGGUUAAAAUCACUCAUUAAUUUUUAUGAUAUUUGUCAGAUGCUAAAAUAUAUGAUAUUUGGGUAGUAUGGGUGUGAUGGGAUUUGGCUAAUGGGCUCUUAUUGAUAUCAUGAACUAUAUCAGAAAUUAACUUGGACUCUUGACUGUUGUAAUAUUUGUUCUCUCAUUUCUACUCUAAUAAUAAAAAUAUUGACGGCAAAAUUAA